UAAUCAAUGUAACCACUAAUAGUAAUCCAAUGUAUUAUCAACAAUACAAUGGACCAUUAAAUUAUGAGCUUGAUAGCAGUAAUGGAUUAAUACCAUUGGAACAUAAUGACUAUCCACUGAUAUCAGUUGUAGUAGGUCCAACCUCUUCAACAACUAUUAAGCUUUCUUCCACUACUACUAUUCCUAACACAGUGGCUUCAUCAACCACUAGCAGUACCACAAUAAAUACACCUCCUCCUAUAGUUACUAGAAUAUCUACUACUACACUGUUCAGCAUUUCUACAAGCAGUUCCAGAUUCACUGUAACAGAAUCAAUGAAAUAUACAGAAACUACAACAUCAAGUGGUACUGCUGCAUCAGUGAUUAGUGGACCAGUAGUUAGUACACCUAAUCAAAGCACAGGGAGUAAUACACUAAUACUAGUAGGAAGUAUUGGUGCAGUAUUUAUAUUACUGGUAGUUACUAUACUAGUAAUAUUAAUAGUGAGUGUAUUAGUGUGUAGGAGGAGAGGAUCAAGCAAUCCUCUCAAUACUGAUACUGAUGUCCAUCAUCAAACAAUAGAAGUGAAUGUAGCAGAUAUUGACAGUAAAUGUAUAGUAUCAAACAUAUCUAGCAAUCCUGCAUACGGGAUCAUUGGAGGAAAGAACAAGUGUAUUAAUGUAGCUAUUAAUCCAGCUUAUGGUAUGAGGAGUGAAAGAAGACUUAAUGAUAGUAUUGUAGGAUCUGAAUAUGAUGAACCAAAAACAGUGACAGGUAGUGAUGAAAGUCAUGAUGAUAUGAUACUGAAUGAGUCAUACAAUCAAAUGAAAGUUGAAGAGGUUUAUGAUAACGUCGACUCUAAAACUCACUUUUAAACUAAACUGGUCCUCAUGAUUAUUGAAAUUAUAAUAAUGCUUUGUAAUAAUUAAUAAUGAUACUAGCUCUCUUUAU